AGCUGGGGGUCCCGGCUGUGGGGUGACAGGUGAGCUGGGGGUCCCGGCUGUGGGGCGCCUCUGGAAGCCGAGGGCGAUGGGAAUAAUUUGGAGCUGGGUUUGGGAACGCAGGGGCCGGGGCUGCCGGCGCGGGGAGCGCGGUGGGAUCUGGAGGCUGUUUUGGGAGGGCGAGGCUUCCCGUGGGGAUCCCACGGUGCCUGUCUGGUGUAGCUGGUGCUGCCUCUUCUCGCGGUGGAUCCUGGCACGGAAAUUCCCCAGUGCUGGAUCCCGCUGAGCCGCUGGCACCGCGGCUACGUGAUGCCGGCAGAGUCAGCAUCCUCCCUGCGCCGCGCGGCUCUGGGGGGCUGUGGAUCCCCCUGCCCUGGACCUGUGCCCCCCCAGCCUGUCGAGGAGCUGCCAUCCCCCAGUGGGGGGACCCCCGGCCCCUCUCGGGGGUCGGCACCACGCGUUGCACCGUGUUUUCCCAGCGCGGUUUCCUCCUCUGGCGUCGGUGACGGGAGCGGGGGCGGAGAUGGGGGAGCCUGGGGGAGACACAAAUGUGCGACUGCAGCAUCCUCACUCCCGUGGCCGCAUCCCUCGCGCCUCCUCACGGUUGCCUUGGCAACCUCCUAUCGAUGGGGUAUUUAUAGAGGAUGGGAAGCCGGAGGGGGGGACCGGCAAUGGGUGGGCGUCUGCUGGGUCAGCCUCCAGCUUCGGGCUUCUCUCAGCCUGCGUGGCUGUGUGGGGGCGGGAGGAAUGCUGCUCCCCUUGGCGUCAGCGUGUGUGGUGCUCCAGCUUUUCCUGCUCGCAGGAGCCGGGGGGAGGUGGUUAAGGAAUUUGCACGUGGAAAUAAAAAUAAGUGUCUGGGAUGUGUGCCCUUCUCACCGGCAUCAAUUCUGCUGCUGGGCUUGUGUGGACCUGCCUUAUUGUUUGCACUUGGAAUAAAACACCCCCUGAGCUCUGACACUGGGACCAUUGACACAGAUGCUUGGAAAAAAACCUGUAAAUUAAAUGAAACAACGUUAAAUUUGUUGCCUGAUGAAUGAUGUGGGUUAUGGAGCGGGGGGAUCCUGACAGAUCCGGUCAUUUCUGUGUCUCUGUCCUCCUGUCCAUCAGAGGGGGGGGAAUGCCCAUAACAAUGAGUGUUUGUGUGGGAACUGUGGCCAGUUCUCUGUGCUGUCCCUUCUUUUAUCCUGGGGGUUUGGGUCUCUUUGCAAAAACUGGUGACAGUAAAAGCGGGUCAGGUGGUCCCUGCUCAGAGCUGACACAGCCUGCCAGGGAAUGCAUGGAUCCAGGGGGGAAUCUGUGGAUCCCGAGGGCAGUGGGAGAAUGCAUGGAUCUGGGGGCCUCUCCCAUCCUCCAGAAGGGCUCAGAGAAGCAGGGCUGGGCUGUGGGGGCACAGGAGGCAGCAGACCCCUCCUGUGUAGUCCUGGUGCUCUGCUGCUUUCCCUCAUUCUUUCUUCAGCUCCAGACUGAGGUUUGCAAUCUGAGCUUUUGCAAACUGUUGGGAGGGAACUGCUUUCUCCCUCUGGAGACAGGUCCAGGCUUGCUUGCCCUCUUGCCACUUAUGGUGUAGGAGCCCUGGAAACCACGGGAAACCUGAUGUUGGCAGAGAGAGGUGCUCCAUUUACGGGAGGGUGGCUGUUGGGAGGUGUGGUGCUGCCUGCUCUGAUGGUGUGUGGCACCAGCCCUUCUGUGUGUCUGGGUGCCUGACUUUUAUGUGGGAGGAGAGCUGUGUUUCCAGCCCUGCUGACCCAUGGAAGGCUCUGUGCUGCCCCUGACCUCACUCCAGCUGAGCAAACCCAAGGGCUUUUGGAAUAACUGAGUAGGCAGGAGCCCCCCGUGGCCGAGUGAGGCAGCAUGGCAAUGUUCUUGGGGGCCAGGAACGCCCACUCGGUCCUGAAACGCUUCCCCAGAGCCAAUGGCUUCCUGGAGGAGAUCCGCCAGGGCACCAUUGAGCGGGAGUGCAUCGAGGAGGUCUGCAGCUACGAGGAGGUCAAGGAGGUGUUUGAGAACAAGGAGAAGACGAUGGAGUUUUGGAAGGGCUACACCAACUCUGUCUACUCUGUCAAGGACCCUGGGCACAGCACGGAGCGCUCUGACGCCAUGUACGUGGUGGUGCCCCUGCUGGGAGUGGCCCUUCUGAUAGUCAUCGCCCUCUUCAUCAUCUGGAGGUGCCAGCUUCAAAAGGCCACCCGCCACCGCCCUUCCUACGCCCAGAACCGCUACCUGGCCAGCCGGACGGGACGCAGCCUGCCCAGGGUCAUGGUGUACCGGGAGCGCUCCCAGAGCCAGGGGGAAGCCCAGUACCAGCGGGAAGCCAGCAGCCGGGGGGCUGGAGACGGCAGAGCUGGGGGCACCCCCCUCCAGCAAGACAACACCCUGUGCCCGCCAGAGCACUCGGCCUCCAUCCUCUCCAGACUGUCCAGCGCCACCCCCCCGCCUUCCUACGAGGAGGUGACAGGCCACCCUGAGAGCAGCAGUGGGGAGGAGACCAGCGUCUCCUACAGUGACCCGCCGCCCAAGUACGAAGAGAUCGUGGCCACUGCCCCUGCCAAAUAGCGGGUCUGCCUCCCCCCUGCCCCUCCACACACUCACACCCACCCGCCCACCCUCCCUUCGCCGUGCCUGGGACCCCCUCCCGGUGUCUGUCGGGCCCCCGCGCCUCACCUGUACGAGCUGGUGCCAUCACACAAUAGCCUUACCUAACCCUAACCAAAAAUAGCUGUCCCCAGGUGGGGUGAGGCAGGGCUGUGGGGGUGGCUGUGCAGCCAGCCAGCCAUCUCCUGCCCGUCACUCCCCGCUCACGUAAGUGCUGUAGCAGCCAGAGCCGAGCAGCAGCUUGUUCCUGGCUCAACACAGGGGUCUCCUCAUGGUGCAUUCGAUCUCCUCACUUCCCCCUCGAGCAGACAUAACAUUUCCCAUGAUCAGAACAGCCUCGCUGCCUCCCUGGGCUGCUGCUCAGCCUCACCCCAUGUCCCCACUGCCCUGUUCUGAUCGGGAGCUGGGCAUGCAGGAUGGGUGUGGCAAACUUCUGUCCAUCCCCACAGGUGGUGCCCACGCUCUGUGUUUGGGGAGAUGGUUCUUUCCCCCGUGUGGAUUUGUUGCCAAGUGGGAGUGGGGAGCCCGGUCCAUACUCUGGUGCCUGUAGCAAUAUUUGCUGUCUGGAGAUCAGGGAGGAGCAGUAAGGAAGGUGCUCUCCUAGGUCCCUUUGGAAAGGGGGAAAGGCUCAUGGUGGUCUUGUACCUGAGGUAAGUGGCUUUGGAGCAGCAGAGUCUUUUCCUGAUGCUCUCUGCUUUCCCCCUGUGGGGUGCUGGGCAGCUGGAGGUCUGGCUGUGGCAGAGCUGGCCAAGAGGGUCAUCCCUGAUCCCAAGCCAAUCAUGGUCCCGUGGCUUUAAGUGGUGAAGAUGCUCCUCUCUCCUGGAGCGUGGCCUGCCUGGUGUCUGCCCCAGAGGUGGGAUUGUGGCACAGGGAGCCUGUGGACAGGCCAAACCUCCCCUCUCCCUACUCCAAACCACUCUGCCCUGCCUGACCCCUCUCCUUGGGGUUCUUUCUCCUCCAGAUCAGGUAAAGGGGAACAUGAGGCCCCAGUCUCCUGGCUCCUCUGGUGGGCAGAGUGCUCAGUGGCCAGGGCUGUGGAUGGGGGGGCUUGCUGACAGGAGUGGCAGCCACAGGACCAUGCCUCAACCUGGCCAUGCCAGUUGGGAGCAGGGCCAAGCCCUGCCUGGGUGAUGGUGGAGCCAGGGCAAGGCAGAGCCGGGUGCUUUGCUGUGGGACCAGAGUAUCCCUUUUUCCUGGGCCUUUGGGGUCUAAACAACGGGGCUGCCCUUUCCCAGUCACGUCUGAUGGAUUAAAAUAGAGGUUGUGCUCACCAACCCCCCAGAAACUCCCAGCACUGCCACCACUCGGUGUUCACCCCAGCACCAGUGUCUCCACCAGCACCAAAAGGCUAUUGUCCAUCCAUAGGUGGCCUGCAUCCUGCUCGGUCCCAGCGAUGCUCUCACAGCAGGUGCCCUCAGCCCAGCGUGGCUUUCCAGGAGCAAGACAUGCUGGCACCUUGUCUGUCCCCUCCCCAACCUUAGCAAAUCGAGGUUAUGGGGAGACCAGAGCCUGGAAAAGACCGGAGGGAGACGGCAGGGUGCUCUGCAUCCUCUGUCUUUGAUGCUCAGUCAUUAUCCCUGCAGUUUGUACUCUGUAAAACUUGGUAUAUAUACCUGGUAUAUUUCUGUGCAAAAAAAAAAAAAAAAAGGUAUUUAUUAAAAAACCCUCACUGU